AUGAAACGAUUUAACAACAACGGAAAGGCGGUCGGGGGUUCUUCACGCCCAGAUUCGUUCCCGAAUGGUGCAUCGCGCCGUCAACAGCCUGUUGAUCGUCGCAAUUUUGGGAACUCGCAUCAAUCACAGUUGGAAGAUGGGGAGUUCGAAGUUCGUCAACCGGAGGAGUUACAUCUUGAUGACUCGGUGAGUGGUAAGUUGGAUCGUUUAUUGGAUCGCCUCGACAAGUUUGAGGUGUGGAGGGCCGACACAGAUCGCCGCUUCCAAUCUCUGGAACCGGUAAUCUCUCGCGAUGCAGAACCGCCGUCGGUUUUCGAGGAUGGAGAUGAUUGGGGGGAUAAGGGUUUUAGACGUACACGUUAUGGUGACAGGGGAAAUAAUUUUCGAAACCCUAGUGGGGGAUUUCGGGACAGCCAACAGGCAGGGCGGGGAAGCCGCGGAGGCAGGGGCCGUCCGGGGUCUUGCUGGGACCCACCAUGGACUCGUACCUGUUGGGACCCACCUGCCUAUCGAGAGACACCAAGGCAACACCCCUUCAACGAGGAUCACGGGGGAAGACACUCGACGACAUGGGACAGCCCUUGGGGGCGAGGCGAUUCAGGAAGACAAAGUCCGCUGUUGUCGACAGCAACUACUGUGGCUUCACAGCCCCUGUUAGGGUUCAACGGGCGGUCGUCUAGGGCUACGCAUCAGCCGCUAAGUUCUGAGGCGUUGUGGUGGGAUCGUUACGGAUCCGGCGGCGAGGGAGUUCGGGGGAGACGCCCGACAGCAUGGGACAACCCGCCGCAAAGGGUCGACGACCAUACCGGGAGACUGGCGCCAACGUGGGAGACGGCAAGGGGCAGACAUGAGGACGAUCGCUAUUCGGACCCGCCGCGGAGGAUCGACGUGUCGGAACGGCGUGCGGCCAUCGCACAACCACCGGCGCCGGCGGUAGCGUCAAUACCGCGAUUAGGGUUUGGCGACGAUUCUUCAAUUCAUGGGCCACAACAGGCAACCCAACCUGGUGCAUCUUCAGGGGCCAGAUACACGGUCAAGGGCGACGGGGAUCGCGGCAAGCAGCCAUCAGCUUCCGUCGCCAUCGAGGCCCCUUCAUCCUCGACCACUGACCUAUUGCUUCAAGCCAAAGACCUCUCUGUUGUCAUCGCCGAGUCCAAGCAGCCUAUCCUCAAAGAGGUUAAUCUUACCGUCCGCCAUGGAGAGGUUCAUGCUGUGAUGGGGAAGAACGACUCAGGGAAAAGUACAUUUGCAAAGGCCCUUGCUGGUCAUCCAGAUUAUGAGGUUACAGGAGGAAGUGUAAUGUACAAAGGGUUUGAUCUGCGUGAGAUGGAAUCUGAGGAAAGAGCUACUGUUGGAUUAUUUAUGAGCUUUCAAUCAUCAGUUGAAAUUCCAGGUGUAAGCAAUAUUGACUUCUUAAAUAUGGCUUACAAUGCUAGGAGGAGGGAACUUGGAUUACCAGAGCUUGGUCCAAUUGAGUUUUAUGGCUACGUGGCACCUAAGCUUGAGCUCAUCAAUAUGAAGACCGAUUUUUUAAACAGAUAUGUGAAUGAAGGUUUCAGCGGUGGAGAAAAAAGGCGCAAUGACACGUCAUGUUUGAGCACUCUUGGAAGCAUGGACAAGCUUUUCGUUUUGGGAUGGAAUUUUGCCGCCCACAUUGGGUGUCCUUUGUUGUUUAAUGAUGGAGGAGAUGAAGUGAGACGUUUAGUUGUUCGGUGUGUGUUUGAUCCAGGAGGAGAUGUCUCGCCAAAGUCGGCUUUCAACUCUCUUCGUUGCUUCGUGGUUUCCACCUUGAGGACAAGGUGGAUUUUAACCGUGGGGGAGUUGAUACGAUCCUAUAUCUUAUUAUAUCUUUUGAUUCACCAAAUCCUUCCAUAUAUUUGUUAUCUUGGUCAAUAAGUUAGGGUAUAGUAUUUGAGUAUUAUAAAUAGGGAUAAAUGGUUAUUAUUUGCAUUCAUUCAGUAAAUCAAUAAAAUCAUUGUUGGUCCAAUAACGUGUUGAGAAAUUCUCUUUUACUAAGAUCUCGCGCUGCCCGACGGAGAGGAAUUCCCGCGCACAGCCGGUUCUUUGCUACCGCCGAUCCUUCGCUAGGACGCCGGAGAACGGGAUACGACGUAGGGUCGUAUCAUA